AUGGAGCGAGGCGCUGGGUCUGCGACACAGAUCUUGAGAGCAAAUGCGGCUGUGCGCAGCGACCUGAACAGAGGAGCCCAAGCCGUUACUUUGACGGCACCCAACUCUCUCGACUCCAUUAGGAGCUCCGGUCUGUACAGGUUGACGCCGAAGGACUUCAGGUUCAUGUAUGGGUCCUCAUCCUGGGACUCGCCCUCGCCAUCGUCGUCGUCGUCGUCGUCAAUUGAGCACGACGAGCACGACGAGCACGACGAGCACGACGAGCACGUCGCUUUGGGUUCGGAUUCAGCAAGGCUGUCAAGCUCGUCAGGUCCCACCAUGUGGCUCAGUGAGGCCGCUUCGCCACGCAAUGUAUUCAGGAAGGAUAUCGUCGGCAUGCGUCCAGCUCAGGUCGGCGGCCCAAUGCACGUUUCUGUCAAGGCGUCCGUCCCCAGGAUCCUUGUAAGAGCGAGCCGACAAGUUGAAGCAAAUGCCUCGGCGCCACCCGGCGUGAAAACUGGCAUGAACACCAUCGCCGUCGUGCUCGCUGUCUCCCAGGAGGCGGUCUGUGAAUAG